AUGAAUGACCUUGCGUUCACAGCUUUUAGCGACCUGCCUCAGAUCCCCGUCUCUGGCCAACUGACCUCGGACGAAUUCGACUUCGCCUUCUCCCCCGAUCUCUUGUCCGGCGACGACAUCUUGGUGGCCUCCCCGCGCUUCUUCCGCGACCCCGCCACGCCCGAGCCCGGACACGCCGCUGACCUGACGAGGCCCGCCCGCAUGGAACGCCAUCUGUCGAGCCUCGAGAAAUCCGUCGCCGGCAGCCACUCAUACCCGGUGAUGGGGGAAGAUAUGCACGGCACCCUCUACCUGCCCAUCCAGAACGCCACGCCAUUGCAGCCACCACCGCCGUCGUUGCAUGCCACACGAUACGCCUCGCCGUCCGGCUCGCAAGGCGGCGAUAUGUCCGCCACGGGCUCGCUGAUGAGCGACCAGCCCUGGAUGGUAUUCUCCAACCAGUUCCCCAGCACCACGCCAUCGCCCAUGGUCGACAACUUCCAGUUCUCCCACAUCUUCAGCCCGGCCUCCUUCUCGCCGACGGCCGCGGGCUCAUACUGCGCCAGCGAAUGCUCCGUGAACCCAAACGACCUGCAGCACGUCCAGCAGAUACACACGCCUCCUCCAGAGAAAGACUUUGGCGCCGUUUGUUUUGGCCACCCGGCCCACUUUGACCCUCAGCCGUCUGAGCAGUGGCCAGCGUUUGCAGAUCCCAACUCGCUGCUGGCAUAUGAUAACGUCCCGUUUGACCCCGACCCGGCCAUCGACCCGCUCCUCGCCGAGCACCAGCACGACCAAUACAAGCCGGAAGAAGUCGAAGUCGAACCGCCCAGGAAGCGAGUCAAACAUGAGCGAUAUACCCCUGAGGAGGAGGACUUCGACUCCGUGCUGCAGGUGGAGACACCGCCGGGCUCUCCCAAAAAGAAGAGCGGCAGCAAGUUGAUGAUGAACACGAACAAGACCCGGCCGGCAUUCAGCAAGCCGGCCAAGAAACAGUCGACCACCAAGGCCACCACCACCACCUCCUCCUCCUCUUCCUCCUCACCGUCGUCUUCGGCAUCUCGCAAGAAGACCACGCAGCGGCAGUUCCCGUGCGUGUUCGCGCCGUACGGCUGCAACCUGGUAUUCGUGUCGAAGAACGAGUGGAAGCGGCAUGUCAUGAGCCAGCACCUGCAGCUGGGCUUCUUCCGCUGCGACGUCGGCAAGUGCAAUAUCAACAACGCCGCCGACCCCUCGCCGUCGUCAUCGGCAUCGUCGUCGUUGCCCUCGCCGGGCCACCUCGCCGGCAAUAGCAGCACGACGCCCUUCAACCCCACGCUGCGCACGCCCAACGACUUCAACCGCAAGGACCUCUUCACACAGCACCAGCGACGCAUGCACACACCGUGGCGCGUACCCAGCUCUCCACCGCACAGCAGCAACGCGCCCAGCAAGGACGCGCGGGCGGCGUUCGAGGCGUCGCUGGAGGCGGUGCGCACGCGGUGCUGGAUCGAGCAGCGACAGCCGCCGCAGUUCAGCCGGUGCACGUACUGCAGCGCGGAGUUCCGCGGGGCCGGGUGCUGGGAGGCGCGCAUGGAGCACGUCGGCAAGCACUGCGAGAACGGCGACGAGGAGGAAGUCGGCGUGCUGGAUGUCGGUCUGCGCGACUGGGCGGUGCGUGAGGGUGUUGUGCGGGAGCCGCCGUCGAGCUUCAUCUUGUUACUUUCCCUACCUCAUUUGAAGCUCCGGAUGCAGGCAGUCACAUGCAGUGCUAUACUACCCGCGGGAAGAGCAUAUAUCACCUGCCCCGUAAGACGUGGCUAG